GGCUCGAUGGCGAUGUAAUAUAGAAAGAAUGGGGAGUUAGGGCUUCGGUUUCCUCUGUAGCCAGUUUCAAUUCCAAAUCAUUUGCCGACAUGCGGACUCACUUCUCUUUUAUGGGAUGACUUUUAUUAUCCAAGUUGUCUAUUUACGUGGGUGAAUCAAGUACAACAAGUCAGGUCAGAGCUUGUGGUAGAAGAUUGGGCUCUGCUAUGCAGAUCCACUCAACUAGGAAAGAAGUACACAUUGCUGACUGACUGUUUGAACGAUCCUAGUUACUAGUAGCUAAUCAAGUCAGAGUAGGGUGGCCGAGAAGCUUCUUGCCGGUGCCCCCAAAAGCAAAGCACAGACUCUACUCACCCACGCGUUUUCCACCUACGGAGGGAGAAAUCAUCGAAAUAUCCUCAUCCCCUGAAAGGGAACCCGAAAACAGGACGAGAGUGGAUAGGGUGACUAAGGAGGCCGUAAAAAUUAGUAGUGCAUUUUUGAAAGAUAAGAUUACAAAAAGGCGAGAGCAGCAUAAUUGUUAGUUAGGGGUAAGAGGGGACGGGCCCGUAUAGAAAGUCAAUCCUUCUUUUUCCGAUAUGCCGCUCCGCAAGCAAGGAGUGCCACGCACGAGCGGAGCGAAAACUAAGCAAGGGGAAUUCCGUCAUUCCAUGGAAAGCAUGCGAAAUCCUUUGAUUGUUUAUAGAAUCAAAAUAACUAUAUAGUCUUUCUUGUUCCACUUGCAAGGCAAGGAAAAUAAAAUGUCAGUUUCGUUAUUACAACCUUAUUUUUUUAUGUCAAAGACAAAAAGCUACGCGCAAAUUCUCAUUGGAUCUCGGUUGUUCUUAACAGUGAUGGCUAUUCAUUUAAGUCUUCGGGUAGCACCACCAGAUCUUCAACAAGGUGGAAAUUCUCGUAUUUCGUAUGUACAUGUUCCUGCGGCUCGGAUGAGUAUAGUUAUUUAUAUCGCGACAGCUAUAAACUGUUCCUUGUUCCCAUUAACAAAACAUCCCCUUUUUCUUCGCUCUUCCGGAACCGGUACAGAAAUUGGUGCUUUUUCUACUUUGUUUACGUUAGUGACUGGGGGGUUUCGGGGAAGGCCUAUGUGGGGUACCUUUCGGGUGUGGGAUGCUCGUUUAACUUCUGUAUUCAUCUUGUUCCUUAUUUACCUGGGUGCACUGCGUUUUCAAAAGCUUCCUGUAGAACCGGCUCCUAUUUCAAUCCGUGCUGGACCGAUCGAUAUACCAAUAAUAAAGUCUCCAGUCAACUGGUGGAAUACAUCGCAUCAACCUGGGAGCAUUAGCCGAUCUGGUACAUCAAUACAUGUUCCUAUGCCCAUUCCAAUCUUGUCUAACUUUGCUAACUUCCCCUUCUCUACCCGUAUCUUGUUCGUUCUGGAAACACGUCUUCCUAUUCCAUCUUUUCCCGAAUCUCCCUUAACGGAAGAAAUAGAAGCUCGAGAAGGAGUACCACUAAAAACCUAGUUCGCUCUCAAAUAAAAACCUAGUUCACUCGCUAAAGCAUCCAUGGCUGAAUGGUGAAAGCGCCCACCAACCUAGAAAGGCAAAAUGGGUCAAAAAGUAGGUUCGAUUCCUGCCGGAUGCACUGCCUCUUAAAGACAGAAACAGAGGAGGGAAAGAAGGUAGUAUAGGGAACUUGCUUUUGGAUUCUUAUCGAAAGUGAAUCCCUCUAACACUUCUGUUAGUGUUUUAUGAGAAAAUCUUUUAUAG